AGCAGGGAAAGGCUGGCAGGGCAGCACUUGGCUCCUGAGCCAGGAGGGGGAGGGGGAAAGCCCCACUUCCCAGUGGGUCCCAACGAGCUAGAGGUGAAAAGCCAAGCCAGGGGGUGCCCUAGCCCUCCGACAUCACCAAAGGUGUGGGUGUGAGCCGGCCCGCAGGAGAGGGGAGGAGACUCCAAUGGUUAAACUUCCCAGCCCCGGUGGCUUUGGCUUGCUGGAUGGAGCCAAGGGGGAGCAGCUGAGGCGCUAGACCCGGCUCCUGCAGAGGACAGGCAGCUCCGCCGGCGUGGAGAAGCCCGGCGUGGAAGGCGGACCCCAGGGAGGACUGGGGCUUGCUGGACCGGAUUGAGGACUGCAGGGUCCUUGGGCAGGAGCGGGCAGUAACCAACCCCCCCUCCCAGCAGUGCAGCGUUGCAGUUAAACUGGAGCUAACUUGGUAACCUGCCCCCCCCCCCCCCACAGGUCCCCCCACUCUGGAUUGUUGCGGGGCCCGGCCUUGCUUCGCGCCGCGAUGUAUCAGAGCCUGGCCAUGGCCGCGAACCACGGCCCUCCAGCCUACGAGGGGGCCGGGGGGUUCAUGCACGGCGGGGCGGCCGCCUCCCCCGUCUACGUGCCCACCACCCGGGUCACCUCCAUGCUCCCCAGCCUGCCCUACCUCCAGAGCGGCGGCUCCUCCCAGCAGGCCAGCCCGGCCUCCAGCCACUCCAUCUGGACGCAGCCCGGCGCCGAGCCCGCCGCCUACAACCCCGGAGCCUCCCACCCGCCCGUCUCGCCCCGCUUCUCCUUCUCGCCCGGCGCCUCCCGGGAGGCCGCCCCGUACAGCAGCCCGCUGAGCCGGGAGCAGUACGGCCGGGGCUUCGGGGGCUCCUACUCCGGCCCCUACCCCGCCUACAUGAGCCCGGAGAUAGGCACCACCUGGAGCGCCUCGCCCUUCGACAGCCCCAUGCUGCACAACCUGCCCAACCGGGGCGCCGCGGGAGCCGCCCGCCACGCCAACCUCGAGUUCUUUGAUGACUACUCUGAGGGGCGAGAAUGCGUCAACUGUGGAGCCAUGUCCACCCCGCUCUGGAGGAGAGACGGCACGGGCCACUACCUGUGCAACGCAUGCGGGCUCUACCACAAGAUGAAUGGCAUCAACCGACCGCUGAUCAAACCCCAGAGGCGGCUGUCCGCCUCCCGCCGCGUUGGGCUCUCUUGUGCCAACUGUCAUACCACCACGACCACGCUGUGGCGCAGAAACGCUGAAGGCGAGCCGGUCUGCAACGCCUGCGGACUGUACAUGAAACUCCACGGGGUCCCAAGGCCUUUAGCAAUGAGAAAAGAGGGGAUUCAAACGAGGAAACGUAAGCCGAAGAACCUUAACAAAUCCAAGACACCAGCAGGACCAUCCAGUAGUGAGAGUCUUACCCCCACCACCAGCUCCACCAGUAACACCAACACCACCGCCAACACCGAGGAAAUGCGCCCCAUAAAGACGGAACCGGGGCUUUCAUCUCAUUAUGGGCACCCGAGCCCUAUUUCUCAGGCAUUCUCAGUCACCGCGAUGUCUGGGCACGGAUCUUCUAUUCACCCCGCUAUUUCAGCCCUGAAGCUUUCCCCACAGGGCUACCAAUCAGCCAUGAGCCAACCUCCACAGGCCAGCUCCAAACAGGACUCCUGGAAUAGCCUGGUGUUAGCCGAAAGCCAUGGAGACAUCAUAACUGCAUAACCUCUUCCUCCUCCCAUGGACUUCAGGCUCACCCGCAUGAGAUACAAAGACGCCACAUAAUAAUCAAGCAAAAGCUGUUUGCUUUUUUCCCCCUCUCCUCGAGGGAAAUAUGAUGGGAUUCUGGAAGAACAAUUCCAUACGGCAUUAUAAAGAGGACUUCCAGGAACAGCUAAUCCUAAAUAAGCAGAGAAGACCCAGUUUCAGAAUAACAGUGGCUGAUCUGAAUCUUUCCCUUUAAACAAACCAGAUUGUAACCACUUUCUAUGAAACAGCUAGAAACAAAGACAGGACUCAGGUGUUUUUUAAACUUCUGGCUUUGACAUCUCGGACAGCGAUGGCACGGAGACACUUUCUUCUUCUCACAAUCCAUUCAUUUCCUGACCAGGUCAGCCCAGGAGAAAAUGCCAUCACCUUGUUAUCGCCCAAAGGCAGAGAUUUGAUGACCUUCCAUACAGUGAAGCCAGCUCCAGGACAAUUUGUUGCGUAGACUUAAUCUGACACAACUUUGGCUGCUUUCGUGGAUUUUAAUACCGUGAUUCAGUUUAAGAAGAAAGAAGAACUCCGCUCACACAUCUACCAAAACCUCCAAAGCUUUGUUUUCAUGUUACCAAGGAGUCAGAGAUCCGAACCAUUGUACUUAUUUAACAGGAACGAUUUUAUCUUUCCCAAUUAUGGGAUCGUGUUUCCAAAAGGCUGAGCCUGGAGAAGGUCUCCGAGCCAGACCUAACGCUUCGGUGAAAGUCUUUGCGAGUUGCAGGGGAAGAGACCCAGAGAGUUUAUGAAAAACAUGGCGGAAAAUGUUGGAUUCUGCCCUUUGAGAUAGCGAGGAGCCUGGCUCGAGGAUCCCUAGAGCAGGGGAGCACUGUGAUUGCCGCCGUAACAUGGUGCUGCAAUUGUGUAUGACCCUGUGGCCUAUCACAAUUAAUUAUUUUACAUUC